AAGGUCACGUGAAAAUCUACUUGCGGAUCUUUGAGACAUCUUGUCUAACGUGGAAGAGUAGGAUAAUGCAUCCAAGAGCCAAAUUCUUCAUCCCGUUAUGGAAGAAUGGAAGAAUGGUGAGCCAAUCCCAUGAGAUCACACAACGUAGUUCCCUCAAUCGGGAACUUGAUUCAUGUCCAUCGUCUUGCGCCAGAAAUCUGGGAUGGUGAGCACCCGAAUGGGUCUGCAGUGUGGGGAAAAUGAGCGACGAACCUCGUCGUCUGGUUUGAUAAUCGACCGAUCCCUGAACACCAACCAGUAUACAAGAUCGUCGUCACGCCGAACGCAUUCCGGCGCUCGGAAGCGCGAGCAGUGCCUUCCCACCACUCGACGACGAGAGAAACGAGAACAAAAAAACACGCCGCAUUCUUCAACAUCAUCUCCGAGUUCGGAUCUCGGUGUUCGGGCCGACUGAGCACGCCCACCGCAUCUGUCGGUAAGUGCUUUCUAAUCUGCGAUCGUAUCCGCAAUGACUCCGGAUGUUAAAACAAUUUUGUCUCGAUUAUCUGGAACUCCAAAUCAACCGGUUCCGGUUGAUUUGGAGUUCCAGACAUUUAGAGCUCAGUCAGUCACUUGUACGAAGAGCACGAGGAGCACGAAGAGCAGAAGCUCGGGCAGAUACGAUAUCGAUUGUACAAGAACACGGAGAUGCCGGAUCAUACGCGUGCACUGGUAUGGCGUUUGGUGGUCGCAUUCGGGCUCGGCUCCGUGAGCUUGCCCACCCCCCGUGGACUGUGCAGUGCGUCGGUCGCGGCUCCGGGCUUUGUCUUCUCGGUCGUAGGAAUGCAGAUCAGGGUGCAGUUGACGCACGUCGGGAGUUAAAGCUUAACGUCCAGCGAGGUAAUCAAGGUUGUUGUGUUAGCACGUGAUUAGCACGACGAUAAUCGCCGGCGCUGGCGUUCGGAAAUUGUUUCUUUCUUGGUCGGCCGAGCGAGCAAGCAAGAAUUCGCCGCAACCGUCGCGUCCAGCCUUCUUCGAGUCUUUCUUUCUUUCUUUCUUUCUUUGUUCGCCCUGUGCGCCGUGGGCGACGACCGCUGCCGAGCGAUGCCAUUUCUUGUUGUUGUUGUUGGUGUACGUGAGUAAGUGAGUAAGUCAGUCAGUCUUGGAACCCACUUUCAUGCGCGCUCUUCCUCGUCGAACAGCUCGUCGAACAGCGCGCACUUCGGCGAGCGCGGCGAGCGGCAGCUUCUCUUUCUGGCGCUGAAUGCUUGUUGUCCUCGGUGUCUGGGAUUUCUGGCGAUUGGUCUUAGUGACGGCCGUUCUCGACGAUCUGGGAUUUACUCGUUCGCGGAGAGUGUCAUCCGCCGCCUCUUGCGAUCCACCGACGUGGAAUCUUGAAUUCACGGUGUUCAUGAAGAUUCUGCAGUCAUAUCUGGCAUGCCCCUUCAAGGUUAUUGGUGUAUGUAGCCAGUCAGGGCCUUAUUGCCAGAACGCAGCCUUCUGAAGUGGCUCGUAAUGGAUUCAAUUGCUGACUGCGUAGGCCCGCACAGGGCGAAUUUAAGACGGUACACUCCUGCCCAUCGUCAUUGUUGGCCGAACGGAAGGCUGAUUUCUAACGGACAACCUCAAAUUGAAGGCCAAUUAUCCAGGAGUCCCACACUGGAAUUAGCAUAUCAAGCACAAAUUGCUGCCUGUAACUAUCUUGGCUAUAGCCCUCGCGAGUUUUCUGCCUCGCAGUUCCGCCAGCAGAUGAUACCAGCAGACUAUUCUCGCCCUUUGGAGCUGCACAUGCAUCAUCACCACCAUCACUACGUGGCAUCUCCUACCAGUCCUUUCUCCCAAACAGUCAAUACAGCUUAUUACGGAGAGCCAGAGGUGGUUGCGCCAGUGGCCGAUUUGAGCAUUCGCAAUCCCUCUCAAGGACUUCUGCGCUCGCAAGGACAUUCUGAAACCAAUCAAAGGUCAUCGUCGAGUUGUCUGUGGCUAAAAAAUCAAGCAUCUGAAGAUGAAGAAGAGAAACCAUCUUCCAGGUACGGACAAGAAAUCAGGGGAGACAGCAAUGUCCCCAAAGAAGGAGGACUUAUCGUACGGGACUCUAGAUCUCACAGGGACUUCGACAAUGAACAACAAAAGCGUUUAGAUAGAGAGAUGCCAGGUUACAGACAAACCUUCGCAACUUCCAGGAAGGUCGACGUGAACACUUUAAGAGGUAGUAAGGGCGAAAACGAUGCAGAGAGAGGUGGGUAUCAAAGCCCCUUUGGUUCCCAAUCCGAUGAGAACUUGGCUACUGAGGAGAGCGUAACUCCCACUAUUUACGAAUCUCGCCCCACUUCUCAAAGGGCCUUGCAAGGUGUAAUAGAUCCAUGGAAACCAGAUUGCAUACAUGGAACAAAAGCAGAGUCGGGGAUUAUUGUGACGCCAUCUUCUUUGGAAAGAAAUUGCUCACAGGUAAUACAAAGACCUGCACCACCAGGACGAUUACGCACCAGGCAUUCCUCACAACGGCAGUCCAACUCAGUGUAUGGUGAAAGGAGCGGUUCUAAUAGCACUAAAUAUGAAGAUACAAACUCAAGCGCCGGAAAUGAUUCCACGUGCGGUUCGGAAAUGGCAUCCGGCAUUUUGUGCAAUUGGGCUUGUGGUAGUCGUCCAGAUAAAAGCCAGAAAAAGGAACCGAUCCGAGCAGCCAGAAAGAACUAUGGUGCAAGAGCUUCACGGCGACAAGCGUCCAGAGAAGCACGAGCUUGGGAAUCCAAAGACAGGAAGACGUCGAGAAGCUUUUCUCAUGCUGAAGCACGAGAUGAUGAAAAGAAUAAGCAUCCUUGCAUUUAUGAGCUGGAUUCGCAAAAGGAAGUUGUACAGAAGGCUGAUUUAAGCAGAUGUGACUACGAGAAUGGAGGAACCCGGCCGGAAGGAGAAGCCUUUGUGGAAGAUGUUUACCAUGAAAAUGAUCGGAGAGGGACAGAAAAAUUGAAGUUGGAGUAUCUACAAGAUUCCGUGUUGGGUACACCGUUCUAUACUCCAUGGACAGAACAAAUCAAAUCCAUACAGAAUACUUCGCAAAAUCGAUUUAGACAGGCUGUAGAAGCAGCUUGGAAGACGAGUUUAGGUACGAAGAGUGGGCCUCAAAGUGAGGAUCCAAGCUUCGAAGAAGUUCUCGGAACAGGCGGAGCGUCGCAAGAUUCACCACAAGAAGAUCUGAAUUCGCGAAUUGUUUCUCGGGUGACCGCAGAAAAGAAGGUUGCCGAAGAAGAUCUUCGUGGUCUACUUGAUGAGCGAGCUCUGUGUCAUGCCACUUGCAAGGAAGAGCUGGAACAAGGUGUCACCGAUAGGUUGAGGUUACAAGAGCUUCUCCAGUUGGAGAAGCUGAAACUUGAAGUUACUGAGCGUGAACUUCGGGAAGUGAAUAGGUGCUUUCAUGAAACCUUGGUAGCUGAAACAAAGGUGAACAAGAAAAAUACCUCUGAAUCAAGAUUGGAACAACAGUCAAAGCAGACACUCAUCAACCCAGCUGAUGUUGGAGUGCGUGAUGACAUUCACCUCAAGCUGAUUUCUGAAUCAGAAGCUCGCAUCGACGCUGAAGCUAAAGCGUCCUAUUUUGAAGCUUCAGCGAAGGCAGCGGAGGAGAAAAUUAAGAGUCUGCUGAAAGAAAGGAACUCGUUUGAUUCAAGAUAUAAGGAGGAAGUUGAGCGUAACAGUACAGAUAAGAGAGCAUCACAGCAGUCGACGGAGUUGGACGAUGCCUCUCCGGAGCGCACAGAACAAACGCAAAGUCAGAAUAUGGACUUUGGAGAUUUUGUAGCCUCCGGUGUGAACAAGCCAUCAGAUGGUGCUGCUCAGAAUGGAGUCCACGGCAAAGCUUCCGUUCAAGCUGGACUGAAGCAAAAGUCAGAGCAGGAGGAUGCACGUAGACACAGAUCACAUUCACUAUCAGAAAUUGAAGAGGCUCGACAAGGAGAGGUGAAAGAGAUGGUAGAUAGGAGGUCCUCGUCAUUAACACCAGCUGUAUUUUCGAAGCAGAAAAGACUGUCAAAUUCUGCGGCUGAAAUACGGAAUGAACUAUCAGAAAUUGAAGAGGGUCGGCAAGGAGAGGUGAAAGAGAUGGUAGAUAGGAGGUCCUCGUCAUUAACACAAGCUGUAGUUUCGAAGCAGAAAAGACUGUCAAAUUCUGCGGCUGAAAUACGGAAUGAACUAUCAGAUAUUGAAGAGGGUCGACAAGGAGAGGUGAAAGAGAUGGUAGAUAGGAGGUCCUUGUCAUUAACACCAGCUGUAAUUUCGAAGCAGAAAAGACUGUCAAAUUCUGCGGCUGAAAUACGGAAUGAACAUGAAAGUGAGAAGACCCAGCCCCCUUUUCUUGCCACCGGGGGUGACAACGAGAAGCAGCUGGCAGGUUUGAAUAUUGAGAACUCAAAUCUCAAGAGAGACAAGAAAAGACUGAUUUCACCAAAUUCCAGCUCAAGGGUGCAAAGGUGGACACCAGAUAUACCUUUUUCUGUGAGAAUUGAGAGAUGUAGCUUAGAAGACGGUGAAACCACCACAAUUAUGGAUAUUUCUCCUAAUUUUGCAGACUCUGAUCAGCGUGAAAUUUCACCAAGUUUUAGUUCCUUCAGGCUCGAAGCAGAUGAGACCAUUGACACGCAGAGUACGAAUACUAGCGAAUUAAGUGCUGAGCUUGAUUCGAAAGUUGGUGACGACGAAAAGUUGGUAAGUCGAAGAGUGAGAUCCUAUAGCUACGAUAUGUCAGAUCAGCUCAUUGAACAUCCUGAUAUGGGACGAGAAGAAAACGAGGAAGCGAUAUCUCAGGCCGAAACGGACCUCGAACAGAUCUCCACAGGCAGGGCAGUAACGAUCUAUCAGCAGAGUGCUGAUGAUGGCACAAGCACGUUUGAAGAAGAGCACAGUGCCUUUGAGUCGGAGAGUCCGAAAAAGCAUCUCUACGCAAGAGAAGAGCGAACUCCACGAAAUAAAAUGCAUUACAAGCUUUUUGAUGCUCAAAAGCGGCAUGGUCCGGAUAAGCGUGGAAAAUAUGUUAAGAGGGGUGAAGACCACCCGAGGAUGAAAGACGUCGAAGACGACAUCGAUGCAUUCGAUCAUCACCUUAUGCUGCUUCCAUCCAAAUGGAAGAAAGCGGCUAAGGCGGAGCUGCGCAAAAUUAUUGAAGAGCAGGAGUUGACUUGGAAAAUUGCUGAGGAUGCUAUGGCCGAGCUGAGUAGAAGAUUGGAGCUUCUGGAGAGAUACAAGAUGGGGUUACAGGAUAACUUAGGAACUAGCAGGGCUACCGAUAUUAUGGACUCUUCAACAAUACCGGAGAAGAAAUUCGAAAGCUCUCCUGGAGGCUUCAGUUCUCUGUAUCAUUCUCCCAUUUAUGAGGAUCGAGUGGGAAUACUUGAGAGAGAGACAUACGGAGGGAUAUCUACACAAGGAGACCCCUCUGACAAUGAGGUUCCUGCGAGGCAACAAUCGAACAAUGUGGAGAUUCAGAAAUUGAAAGCUGAUAUUGCAGAGCUGAAAAGUCAACUUACCCGCAGAAGCAGCCGAAAUAGCAGUCCCCGAAUGAAGGAAGGCUUUCGAUACUCUUCAUCUUCUUCUCCUCCUACCCCGCCGUUGCCACCACCACCAGCAACUCCAGCAACACCGCCUACACCACCUGUUGUCCCCGACUUCCCGAUAAACCAGAAGCAUGCCUUUCAAGAAUCCUCAAAUAAGAGUGAUGUUUCAUCCUUUAGAGGUUGUGAAAAUUAUUGGGCUGGUCCAGAUGUUGAGGUUGGCAUUCUUGAACCGGAGAAGUUAGAAGCUGAGAAUGUGAAAAUCGUGACUUCACAAGCUACCGAUAAUGGAUACUUUGGUCACCUGGGAAGGAAUGUGGACAGGCAGCGGGAUCACGAAGAUUCUCAUUCAGACGAGUAUCUGUUGGAGAGCAGAAGCUGGGUACCGAUACCAGACGAUGAUAGUGUUGAUAAAGGUUGUUGGAUAGCUAGCAACCUUUAUAAGAACGGGGACAGAAAUAGGUGGGCGACUGGGGACAAGCUUUCCGCUGUUAAGUCUUCAAGAAUACGUCUCCCAAGCAGACGUGGCUCUAGAAAUGAUAGUACCAUAUCUUGCAAGCUGAGCUCGGAUGAAGGAGAAUUAGAUGUUUUUAAAGACGCUGUGCGCAAACUCUCCAACAUUUUUUGGGAGCAAGAGGGCAAGCUGAAAAAUUUCCAGGGAGAAGUCAACAUGGCAGAGGCCGACCCAUCUCAUUCACUUGAGAUGCGAAGUUUUUAUGUAGAUCUGCUCAAAGAAAUGAGUCAACAGCUCGGGGAGCUUUGCCGCGAUCUUCAUGGAGACUCUUCUGAGAGUAUAAAUGAUCGUGGAACGAUGGUCCGGCCGCUUGUUGGUAUCUCAGAAGUGGAGAAUCUGAAAGCCGCCUUAGAAGCUGCAGAGCGACACAUAGAAGAGGAGGUUAACAUCAAUCGUCAACUUCAAGAGAAGCUAGAUGCAGGAGAUAAGCAUUUAUGUAAUGUUUUGGAAAAUCAUGCAGAAGAGCUUUCGAGGAAGGAAAAGACCAUCAGUUUUGCUCAACAGAUUAACCUUCAACUCUCCAAUGAGAUGUCCGUAACAGAGUCAAGUUUGGCAGAGCUCCGAGCCCGCUAUAAGGGAUUGGUUUCCAACCUCGAAAGCCAGCUGAAGGAAGCCAGACACGAGGUCUCAGGCCUACAAUGCACACUAAGCGAGUUCAAGCUCGAGGUUGAGAAAAACCAGAGUUUGAUUCAGAACUUAGAAAGAGCAGGGCAAGAGAAGGAUUCACAAAUCCAAGAGCUUACGAGACGAAUGCAAGCCUAUCAGGUCGAGACUGAUCAAACGUCCGUGGAGAAACUUGAACUCCUAAAAAAUAUUCAGGCCUUGAGAAGGGAAGCAGACGAUCAGCAGCGACGUAUAGUAGAACUUGUGAAGAUCAACGAGGAGCUUCUCGAGUUUGCUCAAUCCAAAGAAGACGAGGUGAAGGGUCUCAAGAAAGAAGUGUCGAGAUUGCAGCAGGUUUCCCAGGGUAAGUCUGAUGAAGCUAAUGGGCUUGCAAGGGAAGCUUCCAUAGCUUUAGAGGAGCUGAUGGACGCAAGGAAAGAUGGAGAAGGGUAUCGCCUUCGCUGCAUGUGUCUGAAGACCAAACUGGAGGAAACCGAACAGGAGUUAAUGUCAAGAGAAGACGCUUUGGAAAGAUUAACUGGUCACCUAAGUUCCACCAUUGAGGGCCAGGAUUUGAUUUCAGAAGAAAAGGAACAGCUUCUUUUGUCCUUGAGUAAGGCUCAGUACAAAGAGCAUCGCAUGGAUGAUCAAGUCCGGCAAUCAAAAGUAAUUAUUCAAGAAUUGGAAGAGAAGAUGAGCUGCAUGGAGGAGGAACUUUGCAAGGCGAGGAUUGCUAUGACAGAGAUGAAAGUCAAAGACAAAGAAGUUUUAGCUAUAGAAAAGGAAGCUGGAGAGAUGAGGAACAGAAUUCAUGAGCUAGAAGAAGAGAUAAUGGAAAAGGAGGGCCAGAUCUCUAUCUUGAAAAGUUCUUUUCGAGGUGAAUUUGAUUCUGCAUUUUAAGUGCAGAAGGCAAAGGCAGUGGUUAGACACCAGCUGCUUAGCAAUGAAUCUCCAGGAGGUUGAAUGACGAAUGAUCUUCGAUGAGAUCUGCUGGUUUUAAGCGUGGUGUGUACACCUUGGAGCAUGGAUGGGUGUCAUACCGAGUGAACGACGUCGGCAUCCAGAAACCUCCUUCUUCAACACCUUUGGCUCAUCAAGAGGAGGCGCUAUAACUAUGAUUGAAAGUAUCCUUUGGGAGGGAGUCAUGGUGCAUGCAAGGACUGUAGAUGAUUCAUCAUAAGCGGCAUUGCAGUUAUCUCGGCGAUUGUGGUUGAAGAAUUCCUGCAGACGUCUUGAGGGUUUUUUUAUGGGAAUGGCGAAACAUGAUAUGAACACGUCAAGUCAGGUGUUGCUGUGAACCUUAUUAGAAAGAAGAGCCAUGCAAGAAGGCUAUACACAGGAAUGGAGUUCCGAUGAAGGCUUCUUUUGAGUUGUUUUUUAACACAGGUCCCGGAUCAGGGGUGAAACCCCCAAUCCGAGUUGACAAGGGAUGUGUACUUACAAAUGGACACAACCCCUAGAGUGGGUCAACCUGAUCUUGUCUUGAAAAACAAGAUGGGUCAUAUCAUUUCUGAGAGUAUAAUAAUUUCUAAUAAACUUUCCAAGGUGGGCACAACUUCUUCUUCAAUAAUGGUGUUCAGCUCUUCAGUGAUGGAACCCGAACAACUUGUUGCGUCCAGCUUGAAAAGUUUGUUAGAACUGAUACACUGAGCAAUGACUUUAUCCAUCUUCUCUUUCAAGAUGUAUUGAUCAUGUUGAACCAGUAGACUUACCCCUUGGAGAUCAAGCUGAUUUAUAGAAAGUAAAGAUCUCAGUACACACUUGAAGGACUCUAACUGCACUAGUCCGCAGAGUAUAACUGUAUUCUAACAAACCUGGAUGGUCACAUGUACCAAAGACAGCAGGCUGAUUAGCCGCGUCCUGCAUACUAUGGUUCCAUUAUGUUUGCAUCUCCUCACAGCUGCUUCCGAUAUCAGACAGGGAUAUUUCUUAGAACUUGCAAAACUCUUACAUCUCUUCGGAAUAGUGGAAAAUGUAAUUGUAACCUUUUGAGAUAGUAGAGAAUGUAUCUGCAGUCUCUCUUCUCGACCGGAACCAAUUUAGUGGUCCAACCGGAAGCUCUUCACGAAAAUUGGCAGCAUUGAGAAUGAAACGUGAUUAUUCUUACAAUAACCACAUGAACUGGUAUCUAUGACUUGAAGCAUGGAAUUAUGAUCUGUAACGG